AUGCCGUCCCGCAAAUCAGCCACUCCGCCUGUUCCAACUCUGCCGCAACGCUUAUGGAAAAACUUUCUCCUGGGCAGCAAUAGCGAUCGCGUCAAGAUAGAAACUCUCUCCGACUGCGCGACCAGGGCUGAAGACAAGCCCGAGGCUGAGGACGAAUCGACAGUACCUGUGAUCAACUCCCACGCGGCCGCAGAAUGCAUCCCCUCCGCUUCUCUUGCUGUCUACCUCCACAAGGGCUCUACUAAUCACGAUAUUGAUCCACAGCUGUCUGCGCAAGGCUACAUUCCCCAUACUGAGCUCUAUUCAGGUCUCUGGUCAAAUAUCAAUCAAGGCCUGACUGGAGCCUCUCGAGAUAUCCUUGCUACCUACUGGCAACAAACCAUCAACCACCUGGAGACAGAUCAGCAUGACUUCAAGAUUCAUCAGCUGCCCCUAGCUCGCAUCAAGAAGGUUAUGAAGGCUGAUCCCGAAGUCAAGAUGAUUUCCGCCGAAGCUCCCAUCCUGUUCGCCAAAGGCUGCGAUAUUUUCAUCACCGAACUUACGAUGCGAGCAUGGAUCCAUGCUGAAGACAACAAACGCCGAACCCUUCAACGCUCCGACAUCGCUGCAGCACUUGCCAAGUCUGACAUGUUCGAUUUCCUGAUCGACAUUGUGCCAAGGGAAGAGUCCAGUGGUCAGGCUAAGCGGCCCAACACGUCUGGCGGCCAGCAACCAGGCCAACAGACUGCCCAGGCUCAGCAGCCCAAUCAGCCCCAACAGCAAUUGGGCGCACCCGACUACGCUCAGUUGCAGCACGGCGGCAUGGCUCCUCCUGAUCAGCAGUACGGCCGCGGCCCGGCGCCAAUGUAUCCUGGUCCUCAUAUGGGUGGAGACGGUCAGCAGGAUCCCACCCAGUACGGCCAGCCCGCGCAGAUGUUUGCAGGUCAAGAUAUGUACAACCCUUAUGCCCAAGGCGGCUUCGCCGGUGGCCAGCAGGUAUGA